GUUAGUGCUACUUGACAACCACAAGGUGGCGGUGUAGACCGGAAGUAGCAUGGCUCAUUCGAUUUCCGGCAUCUGAUCGGCGUGGAUGACAGUUCGGCUCUGAUCUCUGCGGGGAUAUGGCGGCUGAGGGGGCGACAGAAACUGAAAUGUCCUUUGAAGAAGAAGAGGAGGAGGAGGAUCAUGGGAUCGCUCUUUCAAUGGUUGAGAGACCUAAAAAAAUGCGAGCAAAAAUCCCUAAGAGCUGCCACGUGACCACGGAUCUGUGUGUCCGCCUCAUACACAAAGCCAUGUGUAAGAAUCAGUGGGAGAGAGCGUCCGGACUCCUGUCCAAUUACCUCCAGAUACUCGAGGAUCGCAACACAUUUAGACGGGGAGAAGCCCCAAAGAUUAUUUGGAGAUUAGGAAAUGAGAUCCUUCUUAAUCAUCCGAAAGCCACAAAAGACGACAUCAGCGUGUUCAACGAAUACAUGAAGAACAUCGGGGUAAAGAACUAUCUUCCGAUUUCCCUGGAGCAGGCCUAUUACAUGAUGUGUAUCGGGGAGACUGAUGAAGCUCUGCGGGUGCUCAGUUUAGCGGAGAGCUGGCGGUACGGGCGACUCUCCAUCAGUCAGAACAAGCUGCAGAAGCUGAUCCAGGCGCAUAGGGCCGUCCUCAACUACCGCUCCUGGGUGGAUCUGAAAGCUGCAGCCGGUCAGAAUGAUCAGGAUUAUGUUUCCCAGUCGUCUUCCACUCAGGUUAUGAGAAGCUACUACAGACAAGCCACCGUCGCGUUUCGGGAGAUCAUUCAGUCCCCUGGAGUUUGGGAUCCCUUCGUUCUCAACUAUGUGCAUCUUCUUGAAUCAUCUGGAGAAAAACAGGAGGCAGAAAAGGUCUUAACAGAAUAUGCAAAUAAUACUAAGAACCCGGCCAAUCCUAAUGCCCACGUGUACCUGUACGAGUUCAUGACGAGGAAUGAGGCUUCUGAUGAAAUGCUAAUAAAUACUCUAAGGCCAUUGUAUGCCAUGACGCCAUCCCACAAACUUAUGCUGAAUUUUAGCAAACUCCUUCACAGUGCUGACUCAGAAGACGAUCAGAAGCUUGCUCUACAGGUUCUUUUUGAUCUCUUGGAAUUUUCGGGUUGGAAGAAGGAUCUAAAGGCUUGGAGUUACUUGGCAAAGCAGCUGAAGAGAACUUUUCGCCAUGAUCGUAGCGCUUGGGUAUUAGAGGCCUGGCUGCCCCGAAAGAGCUGGUGGCCGUCGUACCACUUCACAAAGUUUCACGCCAAAAAGGACUGGCAGGAGUGCGCAGAACUUGCCAUGAAAAAGGCUUUAGUAGCUGGAACGUUACAGGGACCGGACUGUGUCUAUUAUACCUGGGUCUCUGUAUCCGGGAGGCGUCGGCACAAGGCGGCCAUGAAUCGUAUGGACAAGUUUAUUAAGAAGCACAACUGUGAAAACAUCCCAGAUCCAGUGUUGGUGCCGUCUGAACCGUAGAGAAGCAGGCAGCCAUUUUACCCAUACAUCACUACGUUGAGGUGUCGGACACUAUGAUGACGCAGUCACAUGGUACGUCACAGGAUUAUAUUGGACAAAACCUCCACUACACGGAAUCGGAUUGUAUCACUUGAUACCUUUUCGUAACUACUAACCGGCUUAGAUGGAUCAUGUGAUACACCGUGGUGCGUUCCAUAAAAAAUGGCUGCCUCCACCGUUAGUUGAACCAACCACCCCUCCCCUCCAGUUAUAUGUGAAGGAUCUCAUCAUGGACCUUUUUGUUGUGUUCUGUUUUCAUGUUUAAAGUUAAACAGUUUAAAGCAGAAAGUUAAACAGUUUUUUGUAAAUUACUUCUAUUAAAAAAUCUUAAUCCUUCCAGUACUUAUUAGCUGCUGAAUACUACAGAGGAAGUUAUUUUCUUUUUUGAACACAGAGCUCUCUGCUGACAUCACGACCACAGUGCUCUCUGCUGACACCUCUGUCCGUGUCAGGAACUGUCUCCAGAGCAGCAUAGGUUUGCUAUGGGGAUUUUCUCCUGCCGUGGACAGUUCCUGAUACGGGCAUCAGGUGUCAGCAGAGAGCACUGUGGAUAACACAAAAAAGAAAUUCAAAAAGUAAAGAAUUUCCUCUGUAUUAUACAGCUGCUAAAAAGUACU